AUUGCCAAUAACCUCCCCCCAGGCAUUGCUUGUUCGGAUUAAGCUGUCUUUCACAUUGCAACAGCCAUUUUCAAACAGAAGCUUUCAAGGUAGCUGGGGUUAUUUGUACUCUGAGAGCAGACCCCAAAUCGCAGAUAAGCUGUUUGAUUAGUGUGGCCUUAGAUUAUAUGUUUUUGAAAUUCGUUAAAGCGUUGUUAUAAGCCGUUUCAGAUUGAGUUUGCGGGUUCUCUCUUAAUUACAUAUGCAUUUCAAGAAUUUAAUCCUCAUUAACAGAAACAUGUUUUCGCUUCAUUUUCUCCCUCGAACCCCUGUUCCUGAAGUUCCAAGUACGUCCUAUCCUUUCCUCCCUGUCUUCUAGAUGUGUUUUGUAUGAUUAAAUUUCAGUUUCAAUUCCAUUAUUCCGUUCUCUUUGUGUAAUGUAGAGAAAUGUUAAUUUGACUUGAUCUGAUCUGAUCUGUUCUUGUUGUAGGCUUAGAACACAAUCGUGGUCCAGUUCUUGGCUAUCUUUUUCUUGCUGCUGCAGUCCAUUGUGUUCGCCUAAAAAACACUCCCACAUGCUAUUCCAGCACAAAUAUGGCUGUCAUUAUCUGAUAAAUAGUGGCUUACAGUUCAUGGCUCACAUUAUAGGAAUCUUUACUCGAAUAGAUUUGUUCGAGAACUCGUUGCCGCUUGAGCUUGUUGAUGACGUAUCAAGAACCAAACCACCCUGUAGACUUCGGUUGAAUGUCCAGUAUAUAUGUAAUGUUUUACAAGCAGCGUAACAUAAACGUCAAAUCAUUCAUUCAAAAUACAUUGAAAGCGGGUGGUCAUUUAAGCUACAUCUCUCCCGAAAUAGGUUUCUUGAAAAGCCUCAGUGGAGUACUAACCAAAGCCACGGAAGUCAUCUUUCUCUUUCUUGCUGAAGAUGCAAUGGAACCCACUACCAAGCAAACAUACAAAUCUAUCCUGGCAGAAAUAGCCUCAAUUAAGACUGUAGAGGUAGCUAAGACGAUGGCUGUUUCUGGAGUAUUGAUCAGCAUUAAGUUUGCAGAUGCUGUUGUUGUCGGUAGGCCUUCAGCUGUUGUUGUAACAACAGAAAGCGGCUUCUCCAGAGAAUUCACUAACAUAGUGAUGGAAUUCCGAGCUGUCAAUCUAACUGUAUGCAUAGCAACACUGGCGAACGAAUUUACAUCAAACCCCAAGGACUUGUUUUCUGAUCCUCAGAAUCUCUACUUGUGCCUCAGAGUUUGUGGUUGAUGGACUCGUAACAGACUAUCCAGCUACAGCCAAUGCCCAUCUGAGUAAGUUUGUCACGCAUAUCAAGACAUUCAGGGGCUAAGUUUUUUUUAGAACUGUUUAGUCUUAGUUUGUGAGGAUGAAUCUCCAUGGUCUUACCACCAUUUUACUGCUCCAGCGAGGGGCUAUUCUUAGUAUAUUUGCGGUAGAGGCACAACCACUGGGUCAAGCUCCAGCUCCAACUCCUGAACCAUCUGAUGAGGUAGAUCCACUUUUGCCACCAGUGUCGCACAUUGAGACAACAAUUCUUAGUGCUGCUGGACCUGCAAUUAGUAAAAAUGGCCAGUCCGCAAGUAUUGCAAACUUUUUUGACUUUGCCUACUGUCCCUUAUCUAGCUAGAUACCUAGCUUUAGAAAUCUCUUCUUCUAGCAGGGGUAGGGGUUGAUUGUCGGAUCUUAAAAAUGACCCUUUUACAGUUUUAGAUACAAUUGUAACGUUUUUAUCAAUAUCCAUUUUUGGUUAGACAGAAAUAAGAAAAAUCAUGAAGAACGUAGAUCCUUGCAAGAAAAAUCAAGAAAAGGGCAUGUCACAAAAAAAUAAUAAAAAACGGCAGUCAACCCUUAACCUGAGCACAGAUCACUAAAACGGGCUAUCAUCCAAUCUAUCUGUCCACCACAGAUAAAUAUGGGUGAUAGAUUUUGGU